GUCAUAAAGAUAAUGUUGCUCCAUAAAGGAUACGGUAAUGCUGGACAAUCUAAAAAAUCAUCGCAACGAAAGGGUGCAUCAAAGGCGUCAGAAAUAGAUAUUGUGCAUCCAAGAAUGAAAUCGAAUCGUGGUAGUCUCUGUAAAUUUCACAGCAGAAGAUUAUCGUUGUCAUUAACAAGAGAUCUUGAGCAUUUUGAAAUCUUUAACACUGGUAUUGCUCUUCUCUAG